AGAAAACGGUGCACAACAGUGAUUGUGACGUCACUCGCCCUUGCUGAGCGAAACACGAAGGGAAAUUGUAGGUCGAAUAUCAUCUAAUCGAAAAUGUUUGCUGUAGCUGCAAGAACAGCUGUGAAUGCUCUACGCACAGCAGUAAUUCCCAAACAGGCAUACCUCCCAGCAGUGACCUCUGUGAAGUGCAUGUCCAAGCACUCAACGGAGACAGAUGAAGAAUUCGACGCCCGCUAUGAAGCUUAUUUCAACCGCAAAGACAUCGACGGCUGGGAAAUCCGCAAAGCAAUGAAUGACCUCCAGGGCAUGGACGUUGUCCCCGAACCCAAGAUUGUGAUCGCAGCUCUCAAAGCCUGCCGACGCCUGAACGAUUUCGCCCUGGCUGUGAGGUUUCUGGAGGCAAUCAAGGAUAAGUGUGGUAGCAAGGUGAAGGAAAUCUACCCCUACAUCAUCAACGAAGUCCGCCCUACACUAACUGAGCUAGGCGUCAACACCCCCGAAGAGCUUGGCUUUGACAAGCCGGAGUUCUAUAUGCCAAGGGACUAUGAACAGUAAAAGGAGGUGUCAUCCGGAAAGACGGGGAGUUAGGUUUCAUCUGUUGUAAUUAUAUCGCGCAAGGAAAUAAAGCUAGAUCUACACAGA